UUUUACUUGGCAACCGUGUAAACGUCAUCUCCACAUGUUGGCUGGUGUGAAUUUAGAAUUGGUGUUUUGUUUAUUUCAUUGGCGUCUUUCAAUUUUGAAAUAAGAAUUUAUAAGCGAAAUGAGUGGAGAUUCAUUGCAAAGUGAUCAAUUUGACACCCUAUUCUUAUCAAUAGCCCAACAUCAUGAGAGAGGGGCUAUUCAAUUAUUGGACACCUUCGUAAGCUUUUUAGGCCGUAAGACAGAUUUUUUUACUGGUGGUGAAGAAGGAGCAUGGGAAAAAUUGGUCAUGUCGACAUUUCGAAAGCACGAGAAGAUCUGUCGAGAGAAGCACGUAUCCACGCAUCGAGAAAAGCGCCAACAUGAAUCGGCUAGUAAGGUUGAAGAAAAUAAAGAGAUAAAAAAGGCAGAAAUUAAGGAAUUAACAGAUGAGGAGGCCGAAAAAUUACAACAGCAGUUAAAUUCGGAAAAAUCGUGCGAUACCAAACCAAAUGUUUCAGAAAUGAUCGAGGAAGACGAAGAUGAGUCAGAGAAGGGGAAAUUACGUCCAAAUACUGGUAACGGUUGUGAUUUGCCGAAGUAUAGGUGGACUCAAACUUUGCAAGACAUCGAGAUUCGUAUACCUUUAAACGUAGAUUUUAAAGUGAGACAAAAAGAUGUAAUUGUCAAUAUCACAAAGAAACACUUUACGUGUGGUGUCAAAGGACAUCCGGCUAUUGUUGAUGAUGAUUUUCCCCACGAAAUCAAGCUAGAGGAAUCUACUUGGGUUAUUGAAGAUGGCAAAAGUAUUUUAGUAAACUUGGAAAAGAUUAAUAAAAUGAACUGGUGGUCGAAAUUUGUCGUUUCUGAUCCCGAAAUAUCAACUAGGAAAAUUAAUCCAGAACCAUCAAAGUUAAGCGAUUUGGAUUUAGAAACAAGAGGUAUGGUGGAAAAGAUGAUGUACGAUCAAAGGCAAAAGGAAUUGGGGUUACCAACCAGUGAUGAUCAAAAAAAGCAAGACGUCAUUAAAAAAUUUAUGGAGCAACAUCCUGAAAUGGAUUUUUCUAAAUGCAAGUUUAAUUAGUAUUAAUAGAUGAAUGUGUUUAAUAUGCACCAAUUAUACCCGCCUACAUUUAAGUUGCUCUUUCAAAUAAACAAUUUAAACCAA